AAGAAAUCAUCUCCAUGGUAGAGAACGUGAGGAGAUCUUUUAAUUGUCAUGAAAGAAUCCUUAAGUUCUCAGACGUCAAGGUGCUGCUCUGCGGUGAUUUCAAUUCACUGAUGGAUUCUGGGGUAUUCCAAUUCCUGUCAACGGGUCAACUGCCGCUGAGUCACCCUGAGUUCCAGGGUUUUAAUUAUAUCAACGCGAUCGUGAACAUGAUGGGUGGAGAAUGUUGUGGCAAAAUUACCCACCCGCUAAAUCUGUCAUCAGCCUGCAGUCCGCAGAUUAUGCCGUAUACUAAUUACACAUACGGAUUCAAAGCGAUGAUCGAUUAUAUAUUUUAUUCGUCCUCCAACUUGAUGUGCCUCGGAGUCUACGGCCCCAUUCCGCAAGAAUGGUUCGAUAUGUUUAGUGUAGUGGGCUGUCCGCACCCUUUUGUUCCAUCUGAUCAUUUCCCAGUGAUAGCGGCUUUUCAAUUGACUGCUUAAAUGGAUUUGAUGUAGGAGUUACUCGGUCGACUUUCUAGAUGGGAUAGUCAAGUACGAAAAAAAAUAGUCUGAGAUUAUA